AUGGGAAGGAAGAUGCGAGGAAAACAAUCUAGUGACGAAACAGGCACAGGGAAUAAUCAAGGGUGUGCAUGGGGCAUGCUGCAUAUCAUGAAAUAUCACCACUGGCAUUAUGUCAAGAAAAGACUUGUGUACAAGAAGCGUGGCAAUAAUAAAAAUGGUGCAGGAAAUCAUGGGAACUGUACAGAUUCAUGUAGCUUUCCGAAUAUACAAGGCAAUGAUGCUAAGAUGGAGAAAACUACUCCUGCUGAAGAAAAGACAAAUCCAUUGAGUCCAACGUCGAAAGCUUCUGUUAAAGCGCGAAUAAGAGCACGAAUUGCUGAAGAAAUGGCCAAGACAAGGGGCAGAUAUAACCGGACUACAAGCUAUCCUUUACGAUCACAAUUGACACGAACUGAAUCGAUACAUCACUUCGAACCACCUUUAACUAUUGAUCCAAUUGCUGAAAUGGUAUUGAGUGAGGCAAGUCCUCGACCUGUUCCUCACGGAAACAAGGAAAGCUCUUAUUCUGAAAAACCAAGUAAUAGUGUCAGCAACAAUUGUGCAGAGUGCAGUCCAGUGAGUGCUACUGGAGAUCCCACACCGGAUCAUGUCCCGGUUGAUGAGAAUCAAAAGGAUGAGCCACUUAGACAAGAACAGCUCGACAAUGACAUAGUACAAGAUAUGUUAGAGAAGAAGUUGAUACAUGUUAAAGAACUUGAUGCAGAUUCUUCGGGCCAUCAAAAGGAGUAUCUAGAGGCUUUGGAUAUAAUCAAUGUAAAUAAAGAGUUACUAGUGAAAAUUUUACAUGAUCCAGGUUCUCCUCUAGUUCAGCACUUCCAGAACCAACAAGCAGUCAGCGCGAAAAUGAGCUUAACCAAGGCAGAGUCAUUUCCUAUGCCUGGUUCAACAGGCAAAGGAGAUUCUGAACCUACUAGUAAGCUCAAAUCCAAGCAUGAGCCAAAAGAUGGUAGUUCAGUUCCAAAGCCUGCAUGGUCAACUUCAUUGAAAUAUGCUAAUGAACGAUCAGUUCCAUCAAUCAGUGAUCACAACAUAGAGACUUCAUCUUCAACUUCUCAUCCGCGUUUAGAGAGUACUCAAGGUGAGAAUCCGGUGGCAGUUAAGCGUUUCAAGGAUCUUAGACAGAAAAUUAAGCACGUGAUUAAGGAGAGUAAACAAGAGAGACGUAUGAUUUCCAUGGAUGCCGUCCUUCACAAGAUUCCUCAUGGAAAAAAGCUUACCAAAGAGUUAGAACAGGAGAUUGUUAGUCAUUCGAAGGACCCUGCAUUGCAUAGAGAAGGCAACCAUAGUCCAACUAGUAGUUACGGAAGUGAUCAUUCAGUUUCUCCCUUGAAAAAAACAAAAAUGCACCACAUGAGAAGAAUCUCAUCUUUCGAUGCAUCACAGCCAUCACUUGAUAGGUAUCGUAGGUUGUAUGAGACAACUAGUUUUAACAAAGAAGCCAAUUUCCAGCCAUCAUCUGAGAGAUUAAAGGUUAGAACAGAAGAUUCAGGCUCACCAUUCCAGAGCUCACUUCUCCCAAAAGUUACCAAAAGUCUGGGAAGAAUUUUCUCCUUACCUGAUAUAGAAUCAUACUAUCAAAGUGAGGAAUCUCCAGAUGGUUUUCCUGGUCGAUUGCUUUUUAAGACUGGUGGGGAUGAAAAGACAAGCAGAAAAAGCAGAUUUAGUGAACAAAAGACACAGUUUUCUGAAGGUUCAGAAAACGAGCUAAAGUUAGAUCUUCCUAUAGAAGUUGAAGUCCAAGAAAACUUGAAUGAUGCUACUGAAAUUAAUGCAGUUACUAGAGAUAAGGUGGAAUCAACAUUGGUUAUGCAGGAUGAAACAAGUUCGAAGGUGGCAACUGAUACAUUUGAACAAUUGCCAGCAGGGAACAGUGUUGCUCAUCCGGAACAUGAUACUGAACCUUGUGUAGCAGCCAGUGUCAAGGUUGCAGGUCCGUUACCCGUCCUUGUACCUAACAUCAAUGAUGUACAAGAUAUAUCCAGCCCGAGAAAAAGUUCCCAGUCUGAAGAAAAUUUGGCAGCAGGGAACAGUGUAUCUCAUACAGAAAAAGAUACUGAACCUCCAAUAGAAGCUAGUACCAGUGUUGCAGAUCACUUACCCGCCUACAUGACUAACAUCAUUGCUGUACAAGAUAUAUCCAGCCCGAGAAGAUGUUCCAAGUCUGAGUCUAAAGAUAACUUGGACAGCAAGCAAGUGAAGGAGCCUGAUAUCGACACCGCUAAUGAAAUUAGCAGGCGAUUUAACACUGAGGAAGUAGAAACUCCUAGAAAACACCCGCAUUAUGACAUGAGUCAAGUUCAAGUUGAUCAAAGAGAUAUGAUUGAGUUUAAUUAUGUGAGAGAUGUGUUGGAGCUUUCAGGACUGAAUGGAAACGAGGGCCUUGGGACUUGGCAUGCUGAUGAUCCGCCAGUCUGCCCUUUGGUGUAUGAGGGAGUCGAAGGCUGCUUCGUCCUUGAUCCUGAUUGCGUUGGAAAUAAAGAAGAUGGUGAAUGUGAUCACUUGCUCUUGUUUGAUCUAAUCAAUGAGGUGUUGAUGGAGAUUUAUGGGAGGUCACACAACUACUGUCCAAGGGCCUUGUCUUCAUUAUGUGACAUCCGUCUGAUGCCAGCAGGACAUCGUGUUCUGAAGGAAGUCUGGACCCUCAUAAGCUGGUACUUGAGCUUGAGACCGGACGUUGAUCAAUCAUUAGAUUAUGUUGUGAGCAACGAUCUUGCAAAGAAUGAUGGUUGGAUGAACCUCCAAUUUGAUUCUGAAUGUAUAGGGAUUGAAUUGGAGGAUCUUAUUUUUGAUGAACUUUUAGAGGAAGCUAUCUGGGACUGA